GAUCGGGCGAUUGAAAGACACAGUGCAACAAGAUUGGCCCGUCAACGUCAAAGAGGGAUACUUAAUAAUGAAAUUGACAAACGUACAGCAUUUUUAAAAGAUUAUUAUUACUACAAUGAAUAUCAUAAAAGAAUUAAUGACGAAAAUAUAAAUCCUCGAAGUACUCCAACAAAAAAUCCAA